AGCUACCAUAAGCUCAUCUGGGCUUAUCACUGUUUUUUUUUAUUUGCAAUCAUUUAUUCGAAUUAGCAGACACUCCAUUUUCUAAGGGGAAGAUUCAGUUCCACCGUUCCACCCUAUAAUACCAUAAAAAUAAUUCAAGGUGUAGUCUUAAUUUUGAAAAAAUAAUUUCAGUGAUUCCAAUUCCAAUCCUUGCGCAUAUCGUCAUUGAAGAAAAAGUCAAAGAGGUUUCCUAUAAGAGUGCUUGGUUAUAUUUAAAGGCACACACAAAUUUCGUUUUAUUUUUCGUAUUGCGUAUCCAUGGCAAUUCAACAAACCUCCAACGUGUGCCACUUGCCAAAACUCAAAGUUCUUUCCUGCACACGCCUCAGGAGGGAGUCAGUUCCAACAAACUAUUCUUCCGUGACUGUUUGUGGUUUUCAAAGGAGCGCUUUUAAAUCCAAAUCCAAAGGACAAAUUUUAGAAAAAAAGGUGAAGUUUAUAGGAAUAAGUUUCAGUGAUAAUAUUCAAGGAAGUAAAAAGCAGAAUUAAGGAUUAAAUCUCUUUGUAGAUAUCACAGAAUUUGAGAGUAUUACAUCUAAUGAUACAGCAGUGAUGGAGAAGUAUGACGUUAUUUCGGUCGUUGGCGAAGGUAGCUAUGGACUCGUCAUGCGAUGUCGACAUCGUGAAUCUGGCCAGUAUGUCGCUAUUAAAAAAUUUUUGGAGACAGAAGAUGAUCCAACUGUAAGGAAAAUGGCAAUGAGAGAAAUUAGAAUGUUGAAGAGACUUCGUCAUGAAAAUUUAGUGAAUAUGAUUGAAGUUUUUCGCCGUAAAAAGAGAUUUUUUCUUGUCUUUGAAUACCUUGAACACACCGUUCUUGAAGAACUUGAAGCUAGAUCUGGAGGAUUAGGCUUCGUCACAGCUCGCAAAUAUAUUUAUCAAGUUCUCAGAGCUCUCGAUUUUAUCCAUUCUAAUGAUGUCAUCCACAGAGAUAUUAAGCCUGAAAAUGUUUUAGUUUCCCGACUGGGUAUAGUUAAGCUAUGCGAUUUUGGUUUUGCUCGAACCUACACGGAAAAUGAAACGUUUACGGAUUAUGUGGCCACGAGAUGGUACAGAUCUCCCGAGUUGUUAGUGGGUGAUCCGCGAUACGGAAAGGAGGUAGACAUUUGGGCAACAGGUUGUCUCUAUGCCGAAAUGAUGACUGGGGAACCUCUGUUUCCUGGAGAAAGCGAUGUUGAUCAGCUCUUCCAAAUUAUUAGGGUAUUGGGCAAAGUUAAUGCUCGACAUCAGAUUCUGAUCACCAGGAAUACAUUAUUUAAGGGCAUGAAGCAGGAGCAGGAUACUAAUCUUAAUAGCAUUUUUCCAGACUGGAAUAGAGAUAGUCUGAAUUUCUUAGAACAAUGCCUACAGAUGGAUACGAUGAUACGUCCAGAUACCAGGAAGCUCCUCAAGCACGAUUUAUUUACUAAGGAUGACUUUUUGGACCAAUUUUUACCAGAGCUUAAGGUUAAACUGAGUCAAGAAGCUCAACUCAAUCCUCUCCUAAAGAGAAUCCAGAGUGUAGGUAAUUCGGGUAAGAAGUCCUUACCCGAUGAAGCAAAAAACCAACAAUCAGAUCGUACAACUAGAGAAACCAAAAUAAAUUCCAAUACAUCGAAAGAUCGUCUUGGACAAAUUGGGUUAUCCUUUUUGACAACCAAUCAAAUCUUAGGUCAUACACCCAACAAAAUCUCCGUGGAUGUUCCACCUCUUAAAUCUGAAGAUCACAAUAACUUUACAUCAUUGAAUUCCUAUAAAAAUUACUUCAGUAAUCAACAUUACAAGCUAUUGUCACAGUUCAAAUCUAAUAGUAUUAACAACAAUAAUAUAACCAAGGAUGUGGUUUUCUCGAAGAACGAGAGAAUCCUAUCAGCACAGAAGGACAAGCAGACUUUUUCUACAAAUAUGGAAGUUAACGUUCCAAGUUCUCCAGUUCAGUUCCAAUCACUUCAAAUGGAAAGUUUGUCAAAUGAUGCCAAUCAUCCCGUGAAGAAAGAUCGUGGUUCAUUUGGGGAUGAGCUUCCAUUGCAAAAACCAAUCAACCAAGUUCUUUCAACAGACAUAAAUGGUCUAGCCAUUUCUGGCAGCAUUCCACAGUAUUUUUCCAACAAACGGCAUACAAAUCUUAUGAGUAGCUUUCAGACAGCCCAGAGGAGUACAACGAAUUCAGUGAUGUCAAAACAGAGUCCCAUUCCUGUUCAACUUACCGUCAACAGGCCUAAUUUAGUUAAGAGGGAUCGAGGAAUGUUACUAGAUGUUGUAUCAAAUACUUUAGGAAUUGGUCAGCAAGACACGAUAAAGAAUGAGACCAGUCCGAGAAUUCUUCUUGGUCCUCCUUGGCUUACGGGAAAAGACUCUAAAAUAAUAACACAAAUUGGAAAGAAAGGUGGAGGUUUAACGGAUUGGAAAAGUAUAAGUCACAACAACAAGUUGCAGGUUUCCGGAUCACAUAUUUUAGACUACAAUUCCAGUUCAGCAAAUACUGGUACUGAUCUCGUCUUGCCGAAUUGCCCAGGAGCCUCAACGAGUCCCUAUAAGGGUUCUAAGAAAAAAUUAACACCAAUGACUGGGAUUCAGAUUCCGGGAGAGAACACGAUAUUUCCCACCCCGCGAAAUUUUUCUCCGUCCUCGGAUCAAAAAAAUAACACUUGAAAUUAGGCCAAAAGCCGUACCAUCUAGAACCUCUUUACCAACGCUCAAAUAAAAGCUGAAUAAUUUUAAUUUUAAUGUUAAAUAAACUUUUUUUAACUGAAAA